AUGUGUGCCGCAGGAUCAUCCUCUGCAGCUGCCAGCCGCCAGACCAUCGGAUUCUACGCACCACAACAAUUGCCUGUCAAGUCUAAGCCACCCUGUUUCGGACUCGAUCUCAAUCACAUUGCGCCUGGCGACGCGUAUCAGUUGGGCGAUUCAUCCGCGCUUGCGGAUGACUUCUUCUCUGGCGCGCCUGUCACACAAUCUGGACAGUGGAUGGACGAUUCUGGAGUCGGCGUCAACAACAACAACGCUUUUGGCACUUCUAUAGCCGGAUACAAUUCCCUGGACAAUUCCUUUUGUUACGAUUCCUCCUUUGAUAAUCUCGACUUUUCGCAAUCAGAUGGCAUUAUGGGACAGCUACCCCAGCUGCCAGUAAAUGUUUCUGGAACCGACUAUCCCAAUCAGUCAGAGAGCCCUUCAAUCACUCUUCAUUCUCCCAGUCAUCGCUCAUUACACACUACAUCCCAUGACAACUCACCCCAAAACUUCAUCUCCCCAGAUUCUCAGGACAACAUACCGUCAGGCUCAUCUCCCAGAGCAAGCGUCUCUCCUGACUCGCAUUCCAAUUCCAAUUCCUCCAAGACAGGCAACCCAAGCUCCCGCAUUGAAAAGCGCACCCGCAACACCAUUGCAGCCCGUCGCUACCGCCAGAAACGUGUCGAUCAAGUGAGCAGUCUCGAGUCAGCUCUGAAGCAGUCCGAGGAUGAGAAAGAUGCCCUUAAAGUCCGAGUUGCGCGGCUGGAGGGCGAGCUUGAAGCUUUGAGGGGGCUUGUGAAGUCGAGAGCGUAA